AUCAUCAGAUCUCUGUAAUUAAUUAACAAUGUGUUUAUCAUUGAGUUUUUAAAGUGAGUAAGUUAACUCUUGUUACCACUACCUACCGUGAUUGGAAGUGGAUGACGGAAAUGUCAUUAAUCUUACAUGAUCCGUGAAUAUGUUGAAGGACUAUAUAUUGUCUUAUUCAUAUUUUUAUAUCUAUAAUCGUCGUCAGUAGCCAAAAAAUUACUGAACACAGUUGCAAGAAAUUACAGGAAAUUGCUUAUUGUUUUCAGUUGUUCAAAAUAAGGAAGUUGUCUUCGUUAAAAGAUGAUGGUCGCCACGACGUACUUAAUACUUUGGUGCACCACGGUGACCAUAGCGACAUUGCAGCGCAACAUAUUGGCACCAGGAUGGAUGAUGAAGUUUACAGAUGAAAACCAAACGGGUGUUCCUAAGCAUGUACUAGCUAUGCAGGAUAGAUAUUUUUACCCGGUCAGACAGAUCAUUCAAAAAGUAUUGCUAUCGCCGAGUCGGCAUGAACGGGCUCGAAUGAAUCAAAAAACUCAAAAAUACAUUUUAAAGUCUACGGAAUUCCCGUGUAACAAGAACGGCACUAGAUCUUUAACGAGACCAUCUAGCGUGCACCAGCUGAGACCAGGAGAUAUAGAUAUCAUAGGCAGCGUUGGUGACUCCCUGACGGUGGGACUUGGGAGCUUCUCGAGUUAUGCAUUCGAAUUACCGGUCGAACAUCGUGGAGUAUCGUGGACGGCCGGCGGAGACGGCACGUGGAGAGAAUAUUUAACACUGCCAAAUAUUUUGAAAGAAUUCAAUCCCAAAUUAUUUGGUUACGCUUACGGUGAUGCGUUAGCCGAACAACGUGGAUCACAAUUCAAUGUUGCCGAGAACGCUGCUCUCAGUCAGGACUUAUUUUUCAUGACGCGAGAACUAGUGAAAAGAAUCAAAAACGACAAACGAGUUAAUUUAACCGAACACUGGAAGUUAAUAACAAUAUUGAUGGGCUCAAAUACAUUCUGUUUGCAAUUGUGUUACGAAGAUAAUGUAAAAUUAAUUAAUUUGCACAAAAACAAACUUUACAGCUCGAUAUUUUAUAUUAAACAAAAUCUUCCAAGAACAAUAAUAAAUCUCGUUUUAAGCCCAAGUUUGGAAAUUUUAACGAAAUUAUCGGAAAAGCCAAAUGUUUGCAAUUUUCUUAACAAAAUGGAAUGUCCUUGUUUUUUCGCUAGACAAUAUAAGCAUCGACAAACAGAUUUUAUCAAAACGAUGGCUGAAUUCCAAAAAGUAGAAAAAGAAAUUGUAAAAUUGGAAGAAUUUAAAAAUAGUGAUAAUUUCACAGUUACCUUGCAGACUUUUACUGAAAAAAGUGUCGUUCCGUUAAAUCGAUUUAACAAAUCUGAUUUAACAUAUCUAUCAGCAGACUGCUUUCAUUUGAGUCAAAAAGGAUAUGCACUAGCUGCUAAUGCACUGUGGAAUAACAUGAUGGAACCCGUAGAAAAUAAAUCAUCAAAUUGGAUUAAAGAAUUUGACAGGUUUAAUUGUCCUACAGCCGAAUCACCUUACAUCUCCACUUGGAAAAAUAGUCAAAUAACUGUAUCAUCUUGAUAUUAAUU